CGUAUCUUUUUAACCGUGAAGUACCAAACGACGCGACAGUAGUUAUUCUUUUCCGUUCCGGUAACCAUCAGCAAGCAUCAUGCUACUCAAGGCUGUUGUUGUUUGUGCGUCCAUUAUCCUGGUGGUUGGUGGAGCGAAAGUGCCUCGGCUAGUCCUAGACGACACGUACGUCAACCGAGUCGUCGGUGGAGAAGUGGCAAAGAACGGGUCGGCACCGUACCAGGUGUCGCUUCAGGUAGCCGGCUGGGGUCAUAACUGUGGAGGAUCGCUGCUGAACGAUCGUUGGGUCCUAACGGCCGCUCACUGUCUCGUUGGAACCGAUCCCAGCGAUCUUUUGGUGCUUGUCGGUACCAACAGUCUCAAGGAGGGAGGCGAACUGUUGAAAGUAGACAAGCUGCUGUACCACAGUCGCUACAACCGUCCUCAGUUCCACAACGAUGUCGGGCUGGUGCGGCUAGAACAACCGGUAAAGUUCUCGGACACCGUCAAAAGCAUCGAAUACUCAGAGAAGGAAGUUCCGGCUAAUGUGACCGUACGAUUGACGGGCUGGGGUAAUACUGGCGAUUGGACCACACCAACCCUACUGCAAAGCCUGAACGUUGUUACGCUGUCAAACGAGGACUGCAACAAGAAGGGUGGCGAUCCGAACUAUGCCGAUGUUGGACAUCUUUGUACUCUGACUCAAACGGGCGAAGGAGCAUGCAAUGGUGACUCCGGUGGUCCGCUGGUGUACGACGGAAAGCUGGUAGGGGUGGUGAACUUCGGUGUUCCUUGCGCCCGCGGUUAUCCGGAUGGGUUCGCCCGGGUAUCGUACUAUCAUGACUGGGUUCGCACUACUAUGGCCAACAAUUCUUCGGGUUUUACUUUCCACUCAGUGAACACGCACCAAAGUAUGUCCGAAUUAGUGAGCUAUCGUGCAGGUAUCCUGGCGGGAAAGGUAGAAGAUCCUGCGGGUGAGGAUUCGAAUGCCGAAGAUAACGAUUUCAGCAGUAUACUGGAGUCGGAACCUGGUGAACAAAACUAUCCCUGCCCGAGACCGAAUGCCGGUUACACGAGCUUAAUGGUGUAUCAAGAGAGUAAACCAUAUCCUCCAAAGGAGAUACAUGCACAAGAAACUAUACAAAUUCAAAGACAGGACAGUGAUUCAGCAGACCAAAAAGAACCGUCCAACAAGCAGCUUAACGCAGAGCUGAGCAGCUUCGUGCAGAAGAAAUCUUUUGCCCAAAACAUGAUGGACAUUGCACUGCUGUCCGCGAACACCAAUCAGCUACGAUACGUGAUCGAUCUGGGGGACAAGCAUCCGUACUACAUGACCAGCUUGCUACUGAUCAUAGUUAGUUUGGUGAUGCAAAUUGUAGUCGGAUUGUCUAUGGUUUAUUUAAACAGGUACAACAUGAAGAAUAAGAGAGAAAUGAAAGCGGCCUCACACAUGAACAACCUGUCGGUGGCGGGUGUGUUCCUGGUGACGCUCGUGAACGUGUUCAUUUCCACCUUCAACGGUGCUGGAGUUGGACCGAUCGCUUCGACAGAUCAUCUCACUGUGCCACAAAAUGCAACUAACCAAACCAUGGAGCAUACUCCAUACACGGAACAUCACAUAUCAGCAAGCAUCAUGCUAUCAAAAGCUAUUUUCACCUUUGCAUCCCUUAUCCUGGUGGCUAGUGCAGGUAAAGUGCAACGAUUAGUGCUGGACGACUCGUACGUCAACCGAGUCGUCGGUGGAGAAGUGGCGAAGAACGGAUCGGCACCGUACCAGGUAUCGUUGCAGUUAAACGGCUGGGGUCACAAUUGUGGUGGAUCGCUGCUGAACGAUCGUUGGGUCCUAACGGCCGCUCACUGUCUCGUUGGUUACGACCCGAGCAAUAUGGAAAUCCUGGCCGGCACUAAUAGCCUGAAGGAGGGAGGCGAGCUACUGAAAGCGGACAAGUUUUUCCUACACAACUACACCGCUCCUGAAUUCAAUAACGACAUUGCGCUGAUGCGAUUGGAAAAACCGGUCCAUUUUUCGGAACUUGUGCAAAGUAUCGAAUAUUCGGCGGAGGUAGUGCCAGUCAAUGUGACCGUACGAUUGACGGGUUGGGGUCGCAUUGAUGCCAACGGACCUGUGCCUAUGCUGCUGCAAAGUCUGAACGUCGUCACCCUGUCUAAUGACGACUGCAAAGCAAAGAGUCUUUACCCGGAGCAUGUCGAUGUUGGACACCUUUGCACCAUGAGUAAAACAGGCGAAGGAGCGUGCAACGGUGACUCCGGUGGUCCGCUGGUGUACGAGGGAAAGCUGGUGGGCGUAGUGAACUUCGGAGUUCCGUGUGCCCUCGGAUAUCCGGAUGGGUUCGCACGGGUAUCGUACUAUCAUGACUGGAUCCGUACUACUAUGGCCAACAAUUCUUAACUGUAACUUGGAGUACAAAUAUGUAAUGAUCUUGUAGAAAUAUAGUAUGCAUGUGGUAUAUAUAAAUAAGAUUUAAUAUAAAAUACAUAAACGAAUGCAUAUUGGCGUAAUGAGACGUCCACCUUGGCAUUCAUUUUACACCGUUUUCUUUCAUGUACGGUUUAAAUUUAAAUUCACCAUAUCGUGCUUCGCGCAUUGCAUACCUCUGGGCGCUUUCUGUAUAUACACCACGCUGAGAGUUGCUUCUGCAGAGAGUU